UCAACUUCCAAGUCGUCUACGGAAUCAAAAUAGAGAAAUUUCGGGAAAGAACGUCUGCUAGAUAGUUCGAUGAUUAAAGUCGUAACAUUUUGAAUACUUUAGAAAUUUCGGCAUUUGAUGGUUUCUCAGUGGCUAUUAUCGUAAUAGCUUCAAAAUUUGUAUAUCAUUGAACAUAGGUUUCUUAGUUUCAAGUGGAACCAGCAAACGUUAUUCUUAUUCAUGAGUGGGAAAACCUACGAUUGAUCGAGCAUAAACGAUGAUUGAAUUCACUGCGUUUUAUUCGAUUUUUGUAUUUUGCUUCAUCUUCCCUCCGAGUGCGUUUGUUAGUGCAGGUAUAACGAUAUCAAAUUUAUUUGAUUCGUGGUUGGGAAGUGAAGACCUGCAGUUUGUGCAGUACCAUCUUGUUCGCACAUUGACUACUGUAGUGAUCCACAGUCUUUUACCACUUGGAUUUUUUGGUGGAGUCCUGCUUGUUGAAGGCCUGGAUCAACUAGUACUAUUGGUACAAACUCCACUUGGGCUAGGAUUACUUUGCUUAUCUGCCCUUCUUCCAGUAAUUGCUGUGGCAAAAGUUUUUUCUUGGCGGACAAACAACUGGAGUUCUCAUCCGAUUGUAGUUUCAUUGACUACAUAUGCCACUAAUGGAAGACACUGGAAAGAUGUAGCAUCAGAAAUCAACACUGAAUUCAGAAGAAUAGACAAGGUCACUGUUAGAACAAACCCGAUUUCGAAAACUGUUAUAACCAGUUCUUGGAUCAUCAAAGUUGAACCAUAUGCCGUCAGGGUAGCACAUCAGAACCACGUCGCCUUAGAGCUAGAAAAUGCGGAAGAGCACGACUAUACCCCUGAUAGUCAAACAACGCAAUAUUUAUGGGUUAAAGUGGAGCAGAUUCAAACCAGACAAAAGUUGUUUUCUAUUCGCCUUAACGCGAUGGAUUAUGCAGACAUGCAAAACAGACUUCAAAGGAGUAUCAGCAAUGUUCGAGGAUUAUUAAUUAAUCAGGAUAUCCAUGCACGCUUUUCAAAAGUCUUUAUCGAAGAAGUUAGUUUGAAUCCAGUCUUUCAAACCCAAGAGGAGAUGGAUUCGUGUUUAGGGUGCGGAGUUAACAAUGCCAAUGUUCGCUUAGUGAGAAGGUGCCUGCCCACUGAAGCUACCAAUGGUUGUACUCCGUGUUUCUGCCGUCCAAUGUGGUGUAUACAUUGCCUUAGCAAAUGGUUUUCUGCCAGACAAGAUGCCGAGCAUCCUGAAACGUGGCUUUCUUCUCGCUGCCCCUGCCCAACUUGUCGCAGCCCUUUUUGCGUACUUGAUGUUAGUUUGGUCGAAAAUGUACAAAACAUUUAACUGAACUUCUGGAUUCGCGUUUGAAUACAGUCAUCUGCUUUUAAACGGUUGCUCUUGAAUCAAACCUGGUAUUUAGAUUCAGAUAAAAUCUGUAGCCUGAAUAAGUUGCCCACAUGUGAGCUUAUUUUCUGAACUAAGUGAUAAGCCAUAAUCCGGCGUGGUGAAAGCCACCGUCGCUUUCUUUUAAUUUUUAUCUUCAAGUACUGCGAAAUUAUUACGAGUGCCCUGCAAAUUAAACGGUUAUAUUCAUGGGCAAAGACCGCCAUUGCGACAUAUCCCUGUUAUGAUACUGAGCAAUUUCAAAAAUCAACCACAAAAAGAAACUUUUAUGGACUCUUUAAGUGAAAAAAAUACAUGUAGUAAAACGUAAAUGGUUUAAGCGGUCGGGAUCAUUUCUUCUUAGGUUUUUUUAACUUUCGGAUAUCUCCUUCCUGAUUAGCCAGAGAUCCUAACAACUCCUUGACUUUACGCUUACGUUGAGUGUCCCUGAAAAUUAAAAUAAUUAGAAACUCGGUUGCUUUAAAAUAAAUAGUUUCAUUGCUACAUACUUAUCAAUCUGCUCUUUGAGCUUUUCUCUAGCGAUGAAUGCAUUGUCCUUGCGAAUUUCUCGAAUAGCGCCUUUCAUCUCGCGCUUGAUCUUGUGUUGGAGUUUAUCCUGUUCCUGCUUUUCUUUGGAUCCAACUCUUUUCUUCCGCCCUUCGAAACUACAAAAAAACAUAACAAUAUGAAAAAAAUCUCGUAAACUAGAACAAAAGCAGCGUCCUUACUGGUCUUCAAUGACUGGUUCAUAUAGCCGUAAUGGCUUUGGUUUUUUGGCUUCGUGAGUCAAUCUUUUCCUCGGCUUUGUGGCCAAACGCUCCAGAUUAGUUAUUAGGUUUUUAACAGAUUCUUGUACUUGGCUAUUGUAUCGAUCCAUAGGAAGUCGACGUAAGCUUUCCAAAACAGGAUCGUAGAUAUCUCUGGCGGAUGGGAGUUCAUUCCACAAAUUUA